UUUUAUCAUCGCUUCUCUCCACUUUGUCCCACAUUCGCAACAAGGAAGUUUCUACUGCGCUCUUGGCUAGACCACCUAAUCACCCCUGUAGUAAUCUAAUUUGCCUACUUAAUUGCAAAAACUCAAAAAAUGGUCUGCGUGCCGUGUUUCAUCAUUCCGGUCCUGCUGUUCCUGUGGCAUCGGUUCAUCCAGCCGUACGUGCUCCGGUUCUGGAACCCGUGGGAGAAGAAGGACAAAGACGGUAACGUGAUCAAGGACGGCAGCAGCACCGAGUUCCCGUUCCAGUGCAAGGGAGGUGUUUGCCCCUUCCCGGUCAAGGACAAAGCCAAACAGGAAGUGGCGGCGAGUGGCAGCGGAAGUAACGGAACGGCCACCGCGGUUGGCAGUGAAGGCGAAGCGGAGGAAACCAAAAAGAGUCAGUAGUUUUGUAAGGGAAAAGCAGAGUAUUACUGGAAGGUUGAUGAGGGGUUAAAUGAUUAGGUGGUAUCAUUUAUUUAAGUUUUAUUGAAAGAAUGUUGAUAAGCAUUGUAUCUGAUUUGGCAAGUGAUUUGAAUUAUAAACCAGAACUAAAAAUUUAAA